AUGGGUGUUAUCCGGAAGAAGACGGCCACGCGGGGCGGCGAAGGUGGCGUCAAGUAUGUUUGCGACUCAUGCUCGGCAGACAUCACAUCCACGGUUCGCAUAAGAUGCGCACAUGCGGACUGCAAAGAGUACGAUUUGUGCGUGCAAUGCUUCUCCAGUGGAGCCUCGAGCGGCAGCCACCAGCCGGCCACACACCCUUAUAGAGUCAUCGAGCAGAACUCGAUCCCGAUAUUCGAUGCCGAAUGGGGUGCUGACGAGGAGCUACUUCUGCUGGAAGGAUGCGAAAUCUACGGCCUGGGGUCUUGGGCAGAUAUCGCCGAUCACAUUGGUGGCUAUCGCCACAAGGACGAGGUACGGGAUCACUACAUCAAGACCUACGUCGAGUCGCCAUGUUUUCCCCUACCGAAGCGAUGUCGGCCUACCGACAUGGAACUCGCGCAAGAGAUCUCACGGGAAGAGUUCCAGGCUCGCAAGAAGAGGAGGAUAGAGGAGCGGAGAGAAGCGCAGAAGAACGCCGCACCCAUGCCGCCCAAGACCAAGCCUACUGCCAGUGUGCCGUCCUGUCACGAGAUUCAAGGCUACAUGCCCGGGCGUCUGGAAUUCGAGACGGAGUAUGCGAAUGAGGCCGAGGAGGCCGUUCAGCUCAUGCAAUUUGACCCUGGCGAUGGCAUCAACCCUAGAACCGGCGAGCUAGAGCCUGAGAUGGAGCUCAAGCUGACUGUCAUGGACAUCUAUAAUGCACGCCUCACCCAACGAGUCGAGCGGAAGAAGGUUGUCUUUGAGCAUAACCUGCUCGAUUAUCGGGUGAACACGAAGGUGGAGAAGAACAGGACGAAGGAGGAACGCGAUGUGCUCAAUAAGGCGAAACCCUUUGCUAGGAUGAUGAACCACGACGACUUCGAGUCAUUGUGCCAAGGCCUCCUCGAUGAGCUGAACCUCCGUCAAGCCAUCUCACAGCUUCAAGACUGGAGGAACCUCAGGAUCGGAGACCUCCGCAGCGGAGAGAAGUACGAGGCAGACAAGGCAACACGCAUACAGAGAUCUAUUCCAAUGGGGUCCAUGGACCGCGAGAGACUCGCCACUCAACAACGAUCUAAGCAGAAUGUGCAGCCGGAACCUCCGAGCGGCGCUGCUCUCCUAAUUGCCCCUGAGCUGCCAUUCCGCCCUGCAACCAACGGUGCCUCGUCGCUUCCCAACGGUGAUUCAAAGGCAGUCCCCAACGGACAUGCAAACGGCAUCACCAACGGCACGGCCACCAAUGGUGCUGCAACGCCUGCGAAGCAAAAAUUCCAGUCGCAGCCGAUCUCCGGGGUUCAGCCACUGCCGUUGACGCAGGACAACGCGCCCGACAUUCACCUUCUUACACCAGAAGAGGUGGAGCUUUGCAAGGUGUCCCGGCUACAGCCAAAGCCGUACCUCAUGAUCAAGGAGCAAGUGUUGAAGGAGGCCCUCAAAGGCAAUGGCGCUCUGAAGAAGAAGCAGGUCAAAGAGAUAUGCAGGCUGGACGGCCAAAAGGGUGGAAGAAUAUUUGACUUUUUCAUCAAUUCUGGGUGGAUUGGCAAGGCAUAA